AUGGCUGAACACGACAGAGUGACAACAGAUACUUCCUCGUAUCCUGGCAUCUCGGUGAUUGCAAUCAAUCGCCCUGAUAGGAAGAAUGCCGUCGACCCCUUGACUGCGAAGGCGCUCUACGAAGCCAUUCUUGUCUUUGAGGAUGACCCAAAACAAAAAGCAGACAGCGACACACCCAGCGACAACCUCCAACCUAUCAACGGCCGCAACUUGGGGCCAAUGGGUCCCUCCAGACUCUUAAUUAAGAAGCCAGUCAUAUGUGCUAUAUCUGGAUACGCUGUCGCAGGAGGCCUAGAGUUGAGCCUACUCGCGGAUAUGCGCGUGGUUGAAGAAGACGCAGUCUUCGGGGUCUUUUGUCGACGCUGGGGUGUGCCUCUGAUUGAUGGAGGAACUGUCCGGCUGCAAGCUAUUGUCGGGCUUGGUCGUGCUUUGGAUAUGAUAUUGACCGGUCGGCCUGUGAGCGCCCAGGAAGCGCUGACCAUGGGACUGGCAAGCCGGGUGGUUCCUAAAGGAGAAUCAUUAAAGGAAGCUAUUGGGAUAGCAAGACAGCUCAUCACGUUCCCUGAGCUGUGUCUCAACACAGAUCGCCAGUCAUGCUACUACAGUGCGUAUGAGGCAUCCUCGUUCCAGGAUGCGAUGUCCCAGGAGUUCAAUGCUGGGAGCAAGGUGAUUUCGCAGGAAGCCAUCGCAGGUGCAGCGAAGUUCAGCAAGGGCUCAGGGCGGCAUGGCAGCUUCAAGGAUCACAGCAAGCUGUGA